CGCUGUUUCUGGUUAUAAUUAAAGUGUCUUCGUCUUCGUCUUGACGCUAUCGAGCUUGAACUCAUUGCCAUUAAUUGUUCGAAGACGAAUAACCGAAACCAUUUCCAGCAUGCGAAUCGAAGCAAAUGACUCAUUUUGGCUGGACAAGGCGGCCUGCAGCAGUGCAGAAAGACAGUACUACGAGUCGCUGAAUCUGCAAAAAAGCGGUCUUCCUGGCCCCGCCCCAUUGCCAGCGCCCACCCCGAAGCUGACCACAUCCGCACCCGCAAAGAAGGCUAAGAAGAAAAACAAGGCGAUGGCCGAGAAGGAGACGCCAAACAAACUUCUUUACAUGAAUCCGCUGACCAUGGAGGCCAACUUCUUCCUGGAUACCCUGAACGAGGUAAACCAGAAAAACACUCCGCCCCAGCUGGAUCCGUAUCUGGCCAAGCUGCUGGAGCGCAUUAUGGUGGGCAUCGAGGCGUACAUGGACAGGAAUCCCACCUACGUGCUGCCCCAGGAAACGGCAGCAGCGGGCGAGGGCGUGGCCUUUGUCCAGCCCAAGGAACUGCAGACCAUCAACCGCACAUUUAACUGCAGUGCCUGCCACAACCGGAUCGUGGGCACCACCAUUGCCAAGGCGGUGGCGCACCUGUCUGAGCAGCAUCCCAAUCCCAAACAGGAGAGGAAGCAGGCCCAGGUGAAGGCGCGUCAGCAGAUGGUUGUGCAGCUGCCCAAGAAGGCUAAGGCCAUGAUUGUGGGCGAGAUCGCGAACGUGUUUAAAGACAAAUACCCCAUAGCCGAUAAGUUGAAGGUAAUUCCCGAGUACGACAUUAUCGAAAAGGAUUUGCGCACACUUCUGACGCCAGGCUUUCCGAAGCAACAGUUGCGCAUCUACAAGUUUGGCUCCCGAAUCACCGGGAUCGGGCAACGUUCAUCCGACCUGGACGUGUUCGUCGACAUCGGCAACACCUUUCAUACGUUCGAACACCGAGCAUCCAAUACAACCAUCAGCAAACUGCGGUCGAUGCGCAAGUUCUUCUGCGGCAGUGACGACUGGCGCAUUAUUAAUGUCAUUGAGCAGGCCCGCGUUCCGAUCAUCAAGACCUGUCAUUUGCCCACGGGCAUCGAGUGCGACAUUUGCCUGAACAGCUUGGGCUUCUGCAACACAAAUCUGCUGAAAUACAUAUUCGAAUCGCAGCCACUGACUCAAUAUAUGUGCAUAUAUGUUAAGAACUGGCUGGAGCGCUGCAAGCUGACGGAGCAGAUAUCGACGUAUAGCAUUACUCUGAUGGUCAUCUACUUCUUACAGCUUCAGGGCCUGAUACCGCCCAUACAGGCUCUGCAAGUGGAGCACUCGCUUAAGUGCGGACCUUGGAUCGUCAAUUUCGCACAGAAAUCGCCUAGUGAGCUGGGACUGUUGCAAGUGGAGGUGACUGUUCCGGUGGUUAAAGGCUAUCUUAGAUCCUUCUUCCUAUACUAUGGCCACUUUGACUACGAGCACUUCUUGGUCUGCCCAUAUUUUGGUGGGCCCGAUAUCGAGAUACAGAAGGUAGAGAGUAUGCUACCCACUAGGUACUCCUCAUAUGUGAUGGAAAACCCCGACUGCUCGCUGCAACUUCGAAAACCGAUGGUGGUCCAGGAUCCCAUACAGCUGAACCACAACGUGACCAAAGCGGUGACCCGAUAUGGACUGCAAGCCUUUGUGGACUACUGUGUGCAGACUGCUGGACUGCUGGAGGAGCCCUCGACCAAUUGGCGCCAGCGCAGUUCAUAAGCCCGAAGAGUGACCCGAUUGAAUCGUUCCCAUCCCAUCUGGUCUGUUAAGAUUUCACUCUGCGUGUGCGAAAGACCACUUUUGGUUUUGUAACUGAAUAAUUAAGGGCGUUCAUCACGUCUCGACAAUAUACAUACAACACAUAGUGUA